AUGCUCAUCUUCGUCUCAACACCAGUCUACAGUCGAUUCAAGAGAGACCAGAUUAGAGCAUCAACAUGUCUUACGAUGAAAGGGAUAAAUGGUAUGUCCAUACACUAUUAUGACGGCUCUAAUGGGUGUUUUUAUGUUAUAGUUGCUCUCAAUAUUUUUUGGUUACUAACAGAUUUGCAUAGUCACUUCUAUUAUAAAAUUGGCGCUUGCCGGCAUGGUGAUAAAUGUUCCAAGAGACACUCCAGGCCAAUAAAUUCCCAAACCAUAGUAAUCUACAACAUGUACAUACCACCAAAUGACAUCAACCAGGUAAAAUUGCAAGCUGAGGAUUUUGAUUUUUUUUACGAGGAUGUCUUCUUGGAAGCAGCAAAAUUUGGAGAGGUGCAAGAAAUAAUAGUCUGCGAGAAUAAGACUGACCAUCUUAAUGGUAAUGUGUAUAUCAGAUUUUCUACGUCAGAUGCGGCUAAAGCGGCUCGUGAUGCAUUUGUUACCAGGUGGUAUGGAGAGAGACCGCUCUAUUGCGAUUUAUCUCAUGUCACCGACUUUCGUGAGGCUGUAUGCAAAAGCUAUGAAGAAGGUAAAUGUGGCAGAGGCGAACAGUGUAAUUUUAUCCAUAGGCGAAGGGUGGACUACAGUUUAGCAAACGGUUUACUCCUUAGUCAGUGGAAGAAGCGUCACAUUAGCGUACCGCAGAAACCAAAUACUGGAGAUACUCCUGGUAACACUUCCCCAUUGCUUAAAAGCAAUCCUCCGGCAGCUGCGCCUCCGUUUUCCUAG